AUGGAUUUAAGUGAUGGUGAAUCUUAUAAAACACUCCAUGAAACAACUAUAAUUGAAAAAUUCUUAGCAAUUGCUGGGGUAAGAAUGGCUGCAAUAUUGAACACUUUAGUAGAGGAUAUAAUUAAUGGUGUAGAAUUAGAAGAGUAUCGGUUAAGUAGUAGGGGUAUGCUAUCCAUAACAUAUUCAUUAAAUAAACCACCCCCUGAAUGGACAGGGAAAAUUGGUGAAAUUAAUCAAGAAAUGAUUUCAGAUUGGUUAGGUGAACUGGUCGUAAAUGAUAGUAAAAACAAAAUUACUGCUGAUGAUACUGAUAUACCAGAUUCCCUUAGUCCACAACCAUUUAUAAAACAUUCAUCAUAUGGUGGUGGUUCAUUAAAUAAUAUGUCAAACAUGAUACAAUUUAAUAGUUAUAACAAUACAACAAACACAUCAUAUUUGCCAAUUAAUACAAGUCAAUCACAACUUAAUAAUAGUGAUGAUGAUAUUAAUACAAAUACAACAAAUUUGCCAACUAGUACAAAUCCACCACAAUUUUAUAAUCCUUUAUCAUAUGAUAAUAAUAAUGAUAAUCGACCACCAAUAAUACCACAUCAUACAAAACCUCCACCACCAAGUAUAGUGUUUAGUAAUAAUCAGAACACUUAUAGAACAUCAAUUAAUCCAGAAAGUGCUUUAACACAUAGUAAUGUUACUGCUGGUAAUAACGAAAUCUUUAAUAUUUUGUUAUGUUAA